AUGUGGAUAUCAAUCAUCCCCUUGGCUCUUGCCUUUGCGGGCCAAGUCGCCGGCCAAACAGUCUAUCUAGCUGGCGACUCCACCAUGGCUCCUGGAGGCGGUGGUAAAGGCACAGAAGGCUGGGGCCAAUACCUCCACUACUCCCUCAACCUCCCCGUCGUCAACAAAGCCUUCGCAGGCCGUUCUGCCCGCAGUUUCACCCGCGAAGGUCGCUUCGAUGAAAUCGGGACUCUACUCAAAAAGGGAGAUUUUGUGGUCAUUGAAUUUGGACAUAAUGAUGGAAGUAGCCAUCCUGAUAAUGGAAGGUCUGAUUGUCCAGGUAAUGGCGCCGAAACCUGUCGGUAUGCCUACAAUGGGAAGACAGAAACCGUACAUACGUUUCCGUGGUAUCUGGAACAAGCAGCAACAUCCUAUCUCGCCAAAGGAGCUCACGUCCUUAUCUCCUCUCAAACACCCAAUAACCCCGAUCAAAGCGGUGUUUUCGUCUCUUCCACUCCUCGUUUCGUCGAUCUUGCAGAGACAGCAGCGACAAAUGCCAAAGUGAAUUUUGUGGAUCAUAAUGCCUACACUUUGGCGGCGUACAAGGCUUUGUCUGUGCGAACUGUGGAUGGAUAUUAUCCAAAUGAUCACACGCAUACGUCGCCCGGGGGAGCAGAGUUGGUGACUAAGGCUUUUGUGAGGGCGUUGGUUUGUGAGGGGAGUUUGUUGGGGAGUCAUGUUAAGAAUGAUACUAAGGCGAUCGAAGGGGCUUGUUUGAAAUAG